CCCAAUUGCGGCUGCGCGACCCCGCCCGAGGAGGACGAGCAGCUGCUGCUCGAGGAGAAGCGCGGGGCGCUACAGGAGGCUGACGUCGAGCAGCGCGGGCUGCUGCACCCGCUGUACCGCGGGAGCCAGGUCUUCGAGGAGGGCGGGAGCGGGGACCCGGACGACGAGCAGAGGAAGAAGGAGGGGCGGGCGAGGAGGACGCGCGACGCGCUGAUGCUCCUGGGCUUGCUGCCGGGGGCGGGCCCGCGGCGGGACGGAUCGGUGGACGCCACCGCCCCGCCGCUGCUGUCGCCGGUAUCGCUGGGGCGGGCGAGCAGCCGGCGGUUCCCGGGCGUCGCCGCCAUACCCGAGGAGAGGUGGCCGGGGAUGCGGAACUCGACGGGCAACGUCGCGGGGCGGAGGUCGGCCAUGUCGGCGGACCACGAGCUGCUGCUGGGCAGUGGGCAGCAGCGCAUGUCGACGCUGUCGAGGCGGUCGGUGAGGUCGGUGCAGGAGGGCAGGGAGAGGGUGCUGCCGCGGAUGCCGGCGCGGGCGCCCAAGACGGAGGCCAUCGAAAGGUGGAUCCGCACUGGGAGCCCGGCGGGCGCGGGCAAGGACGAGGUUGAGGAUGGGGAGAUGACGCGGGCCCACUCGCUGGACUCGGAGGCGACGACGGCGUGCAAGAGGCAGGUCUCGAGGCUGGAGGGCGAGAUGCUGUCGCGCUCGCUGACACUGAAGGUGCCCUUCUUCGAGACCUCGGCCAAGACGGGCCAGAACGUCGAGGAGGCCUUCGAGGCCAUCGUCCGCGAGGUGCUCAGGGAGAUGGGCCGCGAGGUCGGCCCCGCAGAGUACAACAAGUGCAGGAGGAAACACGGCCAGAGGGAGGAGGUCAAGAGGCCCGUCGCCGAGGAUAAGGACGGGGCCUGGCCCAAGGCCGCCGUGCCCGAGCCGCGGCGGCUGACUCUCAAGCGGAGCAAGAUCGCCCUCGACAUGUCCUUCGAGGAGGUGUCUCUGAACGCCGAGGGCGAGAAUACCGUACGCCGGCGCGAGAGCAUGCUGGAUCGGUUUAGGAAGGUCUUCACGAGGAAGUCCGCCGUCAUGGUUGCCGAUGUGCAAGGCUAGUCAUGUCUUCGCUAAUUCCAAAAAUAAUAACCCCUUACCAGCUAUGGUUAUCCCCUGCAACGCCUUGCUAUGCAAUUUCCGUGUUGUUCCCAAAUGAUGCAAACAUAAGCCUUGUUCUGUACGGAUGCUCUUCACCAGUCGACGGCCCAACCGUUCUCGUCAAGGAACUCCUCGCAAGCCUGCUUCAAGCCAAGAUUUGGCCGGAGCUCAGAAGCCAAGAGGGGUUCCCGAGUGAGUGGGUCGGUCGGGUGUCUCCUCAGGUGUUCCAUUAUUGAGGCGCGCUCGUACGACUUGCCCGUCUUGGU